AUGCCAUCCUCCUCAAGUUCCGGCAGCAGCCCCGUCCUCUUCGACCUCCCCAUCGCCUCCACGGGCGGGAGCGUAGUCGUCACGCAGCCGGCGAAGAAAGUCUACCUCCUCACCUUCACCAGUGGCGAAGACAACCGCCUCACCACCGCCUUCUGCCAGGCAUUGAUCAAAGCGCUGGAUAUCCUGCAGUUCUCGCCGCAAACGUAUCCCCCGGGGGUCGUGGUGACGACGAGCGGGAUUGCGAAGUUCUAUAGUAAUGGGUUGGAUUUGGAGCAUGCGGGGGGGACGCCUGGGUUUUGGAAGGAGAGUUUGUACGCGCUGUGGUUGCGCCUGAUCACGUACCCGAUGCCGACGGUGGCGUUGGUGAAUGGGCAUGCUUUUGCUGGGGGGUUUAUGGUUGCGAUGAUGCACGACUACCGGUGCAUGAACCCGCAUAAAGGCUAUCUCUGCCUCAACGAACUGGAGCUGGGCGUUCCGCUCAGGCCGCCGAUGUUGAGUGUGUUCCGGCAGAAGCUGAGUGCUGGGACGGUGAGGAAGAUGAUUCUGGAGGCGCAUCGGUUCAAGGCCCUCGAAGCCCUAGAAGAAGGCAUAGUCGACUGGCUCGGCGGCCUCCCCGAGGCGCUCGCCCACAUCGAGGAGUUCAAGCUCGUGCAGAAGUCACGAGAGGGCAUGUCAGGACUGCAGAUUUACGGUCAGCUGAAGCAGGAGAUGUAUCGUGAGACGGUCGAUUAUCUCGAGAACACGACGGAGGAGGACGUGCGGGCGCAGGUGAAGAGUCUGCAGUGGCAGCGGGAGAAGAGGGAGCGGCAGGAGGCGGUUAAGGGGUGGGAGGGGGGUGGGAAGUCGAAGUUGUAA